AUUAGGGAUAGAUCGAGGAGAAGCUCCAUUAAGUGUGACAGGUGGGAAGACGUUGUGGCUGCAAGGAGGUGGUUGACACUGAGGAUAUCUUUGAUGCCCUAUACUUUUGUCAUUGAGCUUUGCAACAUGGAUGGUGAAUCUUCUUCAUACAACAAAGUAGAGAAUGUGUACGUGUCUCAUGUGGAAGAUGCUGUGACAUUUUGGGGACAGUCUUUUAACAGAAUUCAGGAGAUUUCGAAGAUCAGUGAAUCUUUGGCCACAGCUUGCCCUACGAUGAGUCCCGUGUUUGGAAUCCCCAAUCUUGACAAGGUUUAUGGUGGAAUGUUCUCAGCAGACAAGUGCUGGUAUAGAUGCAAGUUGCAGCAAGUGGUUAAUGAUGAACAGUGUGCAGUCACUUAUAUUGACUAUGGUAAUUCAGAAACAUUAAACCGAACCAGCAUUGUUGAACUACCAGAAGAUUUGCAGAUGCCCCCUGUGGCACAGAAAUUUAGACUCUGGGGAAUUCAGCUUCAUACCUCUUCUGAUAUUGAGCAGGGCUUGCAAUUUCUAUCAAAAUUGAUAGCUGACCAAGAAAUCUCUGUUCUGAAAAAAACAGUCUACAAAGAUGGAACUAUCGUUGUCCAAGUUUUGCAUGAUGACCUUGAUAUUGGAGAGGAGGUGGUAAGAAAAGGUUUUGCUGAGAAAUGCAAGCUACUUAGCCCUCAACUUAACUCCCAGGAAACACGUGAGGUUGUUGCAAACCAUGAAAAAAGCCGCUUUUUAUGGCCUGUUAAAAUUGCAGAAAGACUUCCUAUGCGUGAACCAAAGACUUUACCUCUCCUUAACCGAGCUUUCUCUGAACAGAAAGCGUCCGAUCAGCAGGGGAACAAUUUUCAAGCAGCAAGAAUUUCUCCUGAAAUAAAUGGCUUGAAAAUUGAUCAGAGGUGCUUGGAUGAAAAUAAGCUGCUGAAGGAUGAAAAUAAGCAACUGAGGGAUGAAAAAGAGAGCUUGAUGCAGAAGCUAAGAAAGCUAGAAAUGCAUUUGCAGAAGAUGCAUCUUGAUAUGAAGAAAGCAAGAGAGCUAUCUGAGAAAACAAUUCAUGGGCUUGAAGUUAACUUGAAGACUGCAGCAGGAAGCAGGCUAAAGGUUUUAACAACCAAGAUUAAUGGACUGAGAACUCUUAGAUGUGAUAAUGAAUGCAUUAGUGUAGCCGAGGAUCUUCUGGAGGCUGUGAAGGUUGUCACUGCGAAUCCUCUCUCUGCUCCAUUGACUUUAAAUAAUCUAGAAGAUAAUUGGAAAGAGUACCACUUGGCACAGGAAAUGAUCCAGGGUUGCAACGAUGUGGUAGACCUUGACCUGCUUAUAGACAAACGGAACAAAAUCCAGAAAACCCUAAGUUCUUCAAUUGACGACUUCAUUGUUGAGGUUGAGCAACUGCCGCUAGAUGAGCGUCUUACAAAGCUGGAGAUGCUAAAGCAUUCCCUCAAAAUCAUAUAUGGAACCUCUGUUGGUUGUGAGGAUUCAGAUUCUGUGUUCCAAGAAUUUUAUGAAUGGAAGCAAGCAAGACUGAUGACCUUUAACACUUUGAGGAAUGACACAAAUAGUUCUCUUGGCGUUAUCGGCACAUGGUUCUCGGAUGUACAAAAGCUGUUUGAUUUGGCCCCAACUGAAUCCCUGGUCUCUUCUGACAAUGUGGAGUGUAUUGACAGCAUAAUAGAAAAGGUGGACACUAAUGUUUCAAAGGAGCUGGAAGUCUCCCUCAAGGAACCCAAUCAAAAAGAACAGGAAAUUAUAAAAAACACAUACAACAGCGUUGUAAAGCUGAUCAAUGAAGAGAUUUGUCUUAUUGAAGCUGUCAGUUCAAAAUAUUUAUCCAGUUUUGAAUUUAAAAAUAAUAUUGAACAAUGGAUCAAUACAAAUCCAAAUGUGGAUGAUUUAAUGGCAGUCAAGAAGACAAUUAAAGGACUCAAGGGUCAGCUAAGGUGGAAAUUGCUAGAAAGCGGCAACAUGGAAGAGUCAGAUGACUAUAACGAAACUACCCAUAAAGAACUGAAAUAUGAAAUUGAGGCAUUAAGAACUAAAAUAUUUUAUGAAAUUCAGCGUGAACAAGAGGAAUAUGUACAAUUGAGCACUUUGGUGCAGAAGUUGUUUCCUGAGCUACCUCUGAUGUACUCUGAUGCAGGAAUACUUAACCAUAUGUGCUCUGGGGGCCUUCUUUCAAGCAGUAUGGAGAGGAUACUGUUUGAUGCAGAGCCAAUGAAAGAGUUGAGCAACAAGCGACCACUUCUGUGUACUGAAAUCCAGGAUAAGAAAAUCUUGCUGAAGGGGUAUUCAGUAGGAGCGGACACAGAAGAGCAAGUCAUUGUAAGGGCUGCAGAAUUUCAUAAAGCUUGGCGGCUGCAGAAGGAGGAGUCUGGAAUAAUGGAACUACUUUACCUGUUUUUCUGCAAAUCUGAUCCUGUGGUAUAUUUGAUGGUUCCCUUUUAUGCUGGGAAAAGCCUGGGCACUGUCCAAACACUUAAUCCUUUGAAUUCAUAUGAGAUUGUAAAAGUAAUGAGCGGGGUGGCACAAGGCAUGCAGACCCUGCAUGCAGCCAAUAUAAUUAUUGGUUCUUUACAUGAAAACAACAUGUUUGUUAUAAACCGAGAGAAAGGAAUCAUUGGGGACCUUGAUUUUACUAGAGAUGCAGAGCAGAGGAGUUCUGCCACCAUGGUUUGUUUUCCACUGUGGACAGCUCCUGAAGUAAAGGCAGGGCGGACUGUUUCUGCUGCCACAGACGUCUAUACCUAUGGAAUGACCUUGCUAUGGCUAUGCAUUGGUACCAAAGAUAUUCCAACCAAUCCAGAUGGAACUCCUGAUCUAAACAGGAUUGAUGUGGAUCCCAAAGCAAAAAGUCUUCUAUCCAGAUUACUUUGUUGUGACGAUCGCAUGGAGGCCAAGCAAAUCCAAACUCAUGACUAUUUUCUGAUUGCUGAAGUUGACAAUACUACCGACGCAGACAAUACUGUUUUGCCUGAAGAAGAAGAAGCAUUUGAUGAGAAUGUACCAGCUGACUUUGCUUAAUCGAUCCAAUGGUUGUGACAGAAUCACUUUUUUGGUUGUUGAAAAGUAAAGAAAAAAAUUGUAUCUGUUUAUGCAGUACAUUGUGAAAGGCCUAAUUAUGAUAGGCGGCUACUAAACAACUUACUGUUUUGUGAAUGGUUUAUAAAUUGUUAUAUAAUUUUCUGUCUUGUUUUGACUAUUGUUACUGACUAUUUUGAUUCACCAAUUAGUAAUGGCAUAAAGAGUUUCAACAUUA